CCCCGCGGGUGCGGGCAGCGUGCGCCGGGGCGCGCGUGGGAUCAUCCUGGCGCACUCCCGGCGUUUCCCCGUGCCCCGCCGAGGCGAAAGAGCAUGUGUGAGCAGCUCCCCGCAGCCGGAGCCUCCUGGCAAGGCGAGCCGGAGGGAGGGAGGGAGCAUAGCGCAGUCUUGACUAAAGUAGCGAGCGCAGGGUUUGGGGCCGGGAAUGACGCACGUUGAGCUGGAUCAGAAACGCGGAAGAAUUAGAAGCCUCUGAGUGUCAACUGGUCUUGGUUUAAAGAGCAACGCAGCCGAGCAGCGAGGCUGUUACGCGUGUGGCGUGGACAAAGCCUAGAAAGAUUGUGUUGUUAAGAGUUUAAACGUACCUCUCUGCUGCCUUGCGUGUCUGUGUGCGCGUGUGCACACAGGCACUACCCGCAUGUACGUUUUUCUGGGUAAACAAGAGUGAAAGUCUGCUUCAGCUGGUCUGAAGAUAGGAGACCUGGACUCUCUAUCGGUUUCCACGGCACCGCCAGGUUCCUGCUACUUUGCAACUCGCUCUCUGCUGAUGGCAGUUGAUAAUUGGUAGCCACAGUCUGCGGUCUGAGCCACAGCAUUUUGUCUAGCGCCUGGGCCGGGCCCUGCUGAUAUACUGGAGAGAGAGAGAGAGAGAGAGAGGGAGAGAGAGAAAGACAGACAGACAGACAGACAGACAGACAGACCACGCUGGCUGUACCUGUGCAGCUGUGAGCGAGCAGCCGCGAGACGCGAUUUCCCCGCAGCGCGGAGCCGGAGGCUGCCCGGUGAUGCGGCGCGCGCUCGGGGGGUUCACGGAGAGGCUCGAAUCCCUUUUCCAGAGGACACGAUUAUGUCCAGUGAGCAGCUUAACAGUACAGCGGUGAAGGAUGCACGGUUAAAAGACCUGUUAUUGGAAAGAGCUGAGCUGGAGUUUGUUCAAAUCAUCAUUAUAAUUGUGGUUAUAACUGUUAUGGUGGUAGUGAUCAUCUGCUUGUUGAACCAUUACAAACUCUCGACACGCUCCUUUAUCAACCGGCAGAGCCAAAGCAGAAGGCAGGAAGAAACUUUGCAGACAGAGGGGUGCUUGUGGCCUUCAGAAAGCUCGGUUUCGCGCCAGGGUGCUUCAGAGAUUAUGUAUGCUCCAAGGUCCAGGGACAGGUUUACCGCCCCAUCUUUUAUACAGCGGGACCGUUUCAGUCGCUUCCAGCCCACUUACCCUUACAUGCAGCAUGAGAUUGACCUUCCUCCAACCAUCUCCCUCUCUGAUGGGGAAGAGCCGCCUCCAUACCAAGGCCCGUGCACGCUGCAGCUCCGGGACCCAGAACAGCAGAUGGAGCUCAAUCGGGAGUCCGUCAGGGCACCGCCCAACCGAACCAUUUUUGAUAGUGACUUGAUAGACAUUUCAAUGUACAAUGGGGGCCCCUGCCCACCAAGCAGCAAUUCGGGCAUAAGUGCAACCAACUAUAGCAGUAAUGGAAGGAUGGAAGGACCACCCCCGACAUACAGCGAGGUCAUGGGGCAUUACCCGGGCUCCUCUUUUUUCCAUCACCAGCACAGCAAUGCGCCUCCUUCCUCGCAGAGGGGGAGCAGACUUCAGUUUCAGCAGAACAAUUCAGAGAGCACAAUAGUCCCUAACAAAGGCCAAGACAGGAAACCAGGAAACCUGGUCUAAGUUCUUCUCCCAGGUGCAUUCGAACUGAAGAUGAGAGAUUCGAGCAGGGCGGUGGAGGAAAACCCCCCACGCUCCGGUGCACAGUGUUGUUACGUUUCACGUGGUACAACUUAGUAAAACCAAACGUGCAAACCAGUUCUUUGUUUCUGAUUCCUUUCAGGGGAAUUGCAUGAUGCAAAUCAGAUAGAGAGAAAUACAAACUUCCAUUCAGUUUGUCUACAAGCAGUGUUUCAGGGGAGAAGGGGGGAUAUAUUAUUUUUUUUUAAUAAACUAUUUCAAUUAUUUAAUUCUAAAAGUAAACUUAGCACAGAAAUGAGGCUUGUACAGCCUGUUUUAUACUCACUGAAAUGGCAGAAAGAAGAAGAAGAAGAAGAAGAAGGUUUUACUAGAUAAGUGGGGGAAGAAUUGGCCAGUUUGCUUUUUUUUUCUCCCAGGUCGUGGAAUUUUUUAGUAUGAAACAAAAUUCCUGUUUUGUGUGCCAAGGUAUAAAGUUGAGAACGUAGAUGAAUGCAAGGAAUUAAUUUCUGUUGUGAUAAAUGUGUUUUUAAAAGUUGCACUAUCUUAAUGUUUAAAAAAUAUAUAUGAGGGAACUGUUUUAUGUGAAGUUCUUCUAUAUGUUGUCUUUUCACCUGUGGAGUAACGAUUGAGCCCCAGAAUUAAUCUGGAGGAGUUUACCCCCCUCACUCCGCCCCGAGUUUGCUAGGGAAAGGGGACAAGAUUUAGCCUAACAUCUCCUGACUUACACAAAUCAAGAAAUACAGGGACAUUUAACUUGUCUUUGCAAUAAUUUGCAUUCAAAUAACAGUGCAUCAAUGAAGUGUCUUGGAGACUUUUGGCUGGAAGGAGGCAAAUAUAAAAUCCCAGCAUUUUCCAUCAAUUAGGGUUUAGCUAUUAUGCAGUUUAGACUAUUUGUUUCAUAAAAGGCAAAACAAACUCAAAGAUGUACUGAUUUAUAUUGAGUCUCAGUGCUGCCAUUUUUUUCAUAAUGCAGUAUCAUCAGUACUUAAGGUUUUAGAAGUUGCUGUCCUCACUGUAGUCCGAAAUGUAUUUAGUCACAUAUCAUGGCAUUAUGCAAUAACUUGUUUAAGAAUGCAAGGUGGUUUUUUUUUCCCCUGCAAUGCUGUUAAAGUCUGUGAGACUGUGUUGUGCUUUUCACUCCUCAUUUCAGCUUUUAGAUACUGCAAUUCAGCCCUGGAGAUCCAUCGUGUUGACAUGAAUGGACUUUCAUAAUUAUAACCCCCCAUGCAGUUUCUGCAGCGGUACUGGGAGCGGCAGUGAAAGCGGUGCUGGUUUCUGCAGCAUCACUGGAGGUGACUUGGGAGCACCAGUUAAUCUCACAGCAAACCAUUGGCGUUUUGCUAUGGGCCCUGUCCUACCAACCCUCCUCCGUGCACGUCAUCCCAUUGAUGCCCGCAGGACUAUGCCUAUGGGUAAAGAUUACUCACGUAUUAACUAAGUGUAUGUAAGCCCUAGUUUUGUCACGCUGGUCUUAAAAGUAGCUGGAAGAUGUUACCUACCUGUAAAAUGGCAUAUAGGGUAUUUCUUCCCUGACUAGUUUUGUGUGGAAGCAAGUGCAGCACUGGAAGGCAGUUGAAAAAUGGUGAGAGUGGCAUCACAAGCACAUGAAAAAGCACAACUUGCACUUAAAAUGCAUUUCGGGAAACAGACUUAAAGUUAAAACCUUUAGAGUCUUAGUUUGAAUAGUUUCUAAUAUAUAUAUGUGUGUGUGUGUGUGUGUGUGUGUGUGUGUGUGAGAGAGAGAGAGAGAGAGAGAGAUAGACUUUUCACUUUAAGAUCUUUCACUUUUUUUAUGUUCGUAAGCCUUGCGCUUGGCUAAUGGCAGCAGCGGGUGAGUGCCGCAGAGGAGUGCUGUAUCGUAGCACCUGUCCCGCUCGCUGGAGCUUAGGUUUCUGCGUGGCUUCUGUGCGCUGGAGGCUCUGAUAACUGAACUGAAUCUUUGAUCUAUGCAGAGUUUUAAUGCCAAAACAGUGUGCGUCUGUGUGUGUGCGUUUGUGUGUGUGUGUUUUGCGCGUUUUGGUGUAGAUUAUUUCCUUCAUAAGCUAAUUCAGUCCUAUUUUAGUUUAGAAAACGUUUGAAUAGCUGUUAGUCUGAAUAUGCAGCCUCACUUGUCACUGUAAUUGUUUCUUGGUCUGGUAUCACCCUGAUAAUGCAGAGUAAAGCUGCCCUUUAAUUUACUUAUUAUUUGAAUGGAGAGGUUAGAGAUUAUAUGACUGGAUUCAUUUAUUUUUUUCCACUCAGACCCACAGGACAGGGGUUUAGGAGAGGAUUUAGGAGAGGACUAGGUGGCUGUCUGUCAACUAGGGCUCUUGUCAGUUCCAGUUCCUGGGAGUAACAUUUUUGAAACUGGAUUUUUGCAGACAACCUAUGAGCAUAAGCUUUAGUCAAAAAAACCCACAGAUGUUGCUUUUUGGUCUUCAGUGACUUUGCUGACCUUUAGAAGUGAGCCUUUGGUCAGACAACGCGUGUGCCUAUGCAGAUACUUUGCUGUUGCCUAAAUAUUGAUUAUUCAGCCAGGAGGCCUUUAGGGCAAAGAACAACUGGAACUCAGCCGUCAUGUUGUCAGAGCACACCAGGAUUAGGCCCUGGCACUGGACCAGUUGAAUACCAAUUUCUCCCUAAGUACAGAUCUCACAGGAGCGAACGCUGACCUUACUUGCUUUCAGAAUCGCCUCUUGGGAACAUGCUUUCUUGGAAGACAGCCCUUUGCUGUCUCUGCGUGCCAGUGAAUUUCCGCACAUCCCAUUAACCUUGUUGGGUAUGAUGCUUGCGCAGAGUUGUCUCUUGAUUUGCCUUGACUGAAGGUUAAAACUGUACAGAAAAACUAACCUGUUUUACCAGUUGCCUAGGAAAGACUUGUUUAAAAAAACUUUAAAAAAUAGUACUGUAUUUACUCACGUAAUCGUUGUGAUUCUUCCUACACCUGCGCCCUCUCCUCAGAUUCUGCUGUCCUGAUGGGCAACCGUUCUACCUGUCUGCCCAGAAAGCACAGCCAUCUGUUGCUUGCUGUAGCGGAGCUUGCAGUCUAUUCAUUUGGAUGGGGGCAGCUAUUAUGGCAGUAAACAUGGUAUUUUCUAGUAAACAUUACUGAUCUCUCAUGGGAACGCUGUCAACCAUGUACCAUUACAAAAGCCUGUGUUCUCUUCCUCUUUCUUUUUAUGAUGUUGUACAUCCUUGCUAACAGGACAGGAAGCUAAAAAAAGGAAUAUCAAAAAUAAGCAGACAUCACUGUCCAGCUGUACAGGCUUACAAAUUGGCAUUCUCUUAAGUCAGGUAAUUCUAUGAAGUAUUUCUGGAAUGGUUAAUGAUUUCUCUAAAUAUUGUAGAGUUAAUCGUAUGGAUUAUACCUCCAUACUUGUGUUUUGUUUUAGGUAUCCAAUGUGCUAAAACAACAUAACAAGUGUGGAGUUUUCUGUGUAAUGAAUUGUGUUAGGCUGAAUUCUGGUUGCUUCUCCUGAUCUUUGCCUAAUAAUGCAUCUUCCCUAGACUCAGUCCAGUGCUGUCCCCAUUUUAGCAAGUUUCAAGCUAAAAAAACUUUUUAAAAUGUACGUUUGAAGAAAUAAGGCACGAUGACCUCUCUUUUACCUACCCCAAAAGUUUCUUUUCCCGUAAGUUACUUGACAUAGGUCACUUCCUGCUCAUCAAUAUGCCUCUUCUUCAGUGUCUUGCCUUAUGAUCUUCCAGGGCUAGAAAAAGCGUGUUUUUUAGCCAUAGAAAAAAGGUUUCCCUCCUGGUUUCCCAGUGGAGUACUUAGCACUUAACUCUAGUUCUGGAUGUACUUUCAGCCUGACUGUGGUUGGGUUCAUCUCAACGCUGUACAAUUAGGCCCUUUGUAUAUGAAGCACCUUCUUUUAAGAUAUGAAUAAGGACUAUGAAAACUAGUCCUAUUCGACUGAGCAGUGUUAAGAUCACUUCUCUGUAGUGUGUGUAGCACAUGCAGAAUACACGACACUGCAGUGUGAUAAGAUGGUUUUGUCAGGGAGGACUUCUUUAAACUACUCUUCGUCUUGUCAUUGAUGAACACAGCACUUAAUACAGCCUCAGGCUGAUGUGGCUUUAUUACCGCAUGUUUUUUGUUGCAGGUAUGGAAACUCAGGCACAUACCCUGUGUACGAAGUCUUGAUAGCUAGUGAGGAAGGUUUUUCUGUUCCUGCAGUCAUGGGAUCCACUGGAACUAUGGAUCAAAUUGUGCUCAUUUUACUCUUUUUUUUAUUGCCUGCCCCCACUUCUCCCACCAGUUUGUCCCAGCUGAAAGCUGCUUCUGAUAACCCAAACCUCCGAAUUUUUAUGUUGCAUUAAAAAAGAAGGUAUCACUGAGAUUUCUUUUCCUGUGAAUGUGGUUUCGGGGAAGCGCAGGGAGUGAAAUUACAUUGUUGCUGAAAUAAUGCACUUCCUUUGCGGUAGGGAAAAUGGCUUUGUCCUGCUAAAGAAUCUGGCAUGCAGGCUUUCUGGAACCGUGCUAUCUGAAACCUUCAUUUCUAACCCUGCCAGGUAGUGAGAUAUUGAAACUUAAAACUGACACUCUGAUUUGUUAGAGAUGUUUAAAUGUUUUAGGGAAGAUGAUUGAUUACUAAUCUUUCUCGACUCUGUGCCCUGAACACUCUCGGUAACUAAGGCAACCUGGCUUCACUGGCAAAGAGAAAGAAAAUAGUAGUGCUGGUGAAAACAGAUGUUCCAAAAUUGUUCUUUGCAAUUCUUUUCAAGGAUAAACAACAUGCUUGCUGGUGCAUUUGAAAAUAUUUAGAUAUUUAGGAUAGUCCCCAAGCUCUCUCUGGUCAUUACUAUUGAGACAUGUCCAUGUGCAUGUGUGUAUACAUGCCAGCAUGCAAUUUUGUGCCUAUAUCCUGUCUCUUGAUUAUUUAUUUUUUAGUCACUAUUCCAUAAGCAUCUUCUAGAAUGCCGAGAUUUUUUUUGCAGGAACAAUGACAGGUCAUUUGUCAAACAGCUGGAGGUAUGAGGAAUAUUUGGCUUUUGCACCUGCAAAUGCCAUGCCCUGCUUUUAUGAGUUGGGGAGUUUCUUGCUGUGCAAAUUCUUACCAGUGACCUAGUGCGCUAGUGCAUCUUCCAUUCAACAGCGCUCUUUUUUUAGACUGGGCUUUGAAAAAUCCCCGUGCUUUUCAGACAACCCUAACGUAGGCCUCAUGUAUUGACAUACAGGAAGGAAAUGUGAUUUUCAAAUCUCAGAAGCAUGUUUUUUCAAACCCAGUGAUGCUAAGAACCAAGUGAUCCAUUUGAAUACUGGGUUCAGAUGAAGGCUGGCUUUUGAUUACAUCUUUGUAUUUUAGUUAGUCUGAGGGCAUUAUAAAGAAUUUACUUAAAUGUCCUGGCCUUCCCCAUUGUUGCGUGGACUGCUUGUCAACCACUGCAAUUAUAACUGCUCUCCUAAACUAGCCCAAAAUAUUUUAAAUCCUUUUAAAGAGGCACUCUUACAGAAUUCCUUAAGACCUAUUAACGCCCUCUAGAACAUGGACAAAUCUUUUAGGAGGACGUAUUGAAGUUACAGAGAUUUCCCUGCCAAAGCCUCUGAAAUUCUCUUACUUAAUUUCCUUUAUUCUGUAUAUUUCACUAGGAAAUUUUAGUUUAAAAUUUUGAGGAUGGCCCAGCUUUCUGGAAGUGUUGGUUGGUAGGUUUUUUUCCUACUCAGAAGUUCUCCAGUCUGUGUUUGUUAGUCAAGGGUAUAAGUUACCUUUUGACCCACCUUGCAUUGCCAUUGCUAUGCUGGCAGAAGCCCCCUGGGGCACGCUUACAUGAGCAAAAAAGGUCAUUUUGUUGGCAACAGCUCUGUUUGAGGAACCAGCAGGAGCUACACCAGUAAAGUUCAGCCUCCGUUGGCAACAUCAGACCCUCACCGCCUCUUCCCGGAAAAGCUCUUUCAAGCACAGAUGAUGGCUCAGUUUCAAUGAGGUACUUUACCACACCAGUAUGUACCACCGACACACAAAUGUAGGCAUCCGCUGGUGUUUUCUUGAGAGAGUCACAAAUUUUUUACAUUAAAUAUAUUUUAGAGCCACUAAUGCCAUUUUUGUAACCACUCACCUAACUUCUGCUUUCAGAAGGAAAAGCAAGCAUGCCUUUGUACUGAGGAGUGUUGCAAGCUCUCCUGGCUUUUACUUCUGCCUUGCUCUAGUCUACGUUCCAUUUUCAGACUGAACAAAAGCAAGCCGGGUAUUGCUAGUAGCGCUUUAACGCUGAAAGAGCUUACCUUUUAAUGUCGGUUUAAAGAUAAAGAGAGAAACAAACACGUUAACAUAGAUGCUUCCCCCCUCCCCUCCCACCGCCGCCCUCCGUGUGACUUACUGCCAGAGAUGACGCUGUCAUUUCUUUGCUAUAUUGCUGCUGCUGCUGCUGCUGCUGCUGCUGUUUUAAAUGGCUUGGUAUGUGAGCUUUCCGAAACAGUGUGGUAUGUGUAGGAUCUUGUGGGUGACAAAGCUGUCUUUUUUAAUUCCUCCUUUCCCUCCUUGGUUUGUGCUUGUCUGUCUGCUGUGGUAGGGUUAUUAAUAAAUUAUAUGCAUACAUGUUAGGUAUAAUUUUGAGGAGGUUUGCAUGUCAGUAGUUUGUAAGCACCUAAGGUGCCUCAUGUUCAGGUCUGAGCAGAUAGGAAUCCCCUUGCACUCUGCAGGGCCUGAUGCAGAGCCUGGUGAAGUCGGCAGGGAGGCUCUCGCCGACUGCGCUGGGCUUUGGGUCAGGCCUUUCGCUCCCACCUUUGUUGUGCCUCACUUAAAAUGGUGCUUUUUCAGUUGUCUGUCUUCUCUUCUGUUUUUUUUUUUCCUUUGUAUGGUGCUGUGUAUAACUUGAAUAUAUUAUGCACAUAUCCUACCCAAUGGGUAGAACAAACAAACAUACAAAAACAAAAAGAUGUUGUUAAUACUGUAAGAUAAUGUAUAGAUGAUACCAGUUUUAACACAAAAAUGGCAUAGACUUUGUGAAUGCCAACUUCUGUGCUUGGUCCUUUUUUUGUAAGAAAAUUUGCAAAUGAAUGCAUACAAAUGACAAAAAGUCUAAGUAUUUUAUUUUCCUAUUAAAUAUCAAUAUAAUAUCAUAAGGGAAAAAGUUUGAACAAAUCCUUUUUGACUAGCCUGUGUAUAGCAAGUGGUUGUUUGAUGCAUCUUUGCUGUGAAGAUUUGUUCUUUUUUUAAUGUGUCACUUUAAGAAAAAGGAAAACAAAACAAAACAAAAAAACCUCCACAGCUUUAACCUUGCAACUAGAUGCUUCUCUUAUGAGUUGUUGCCUCGCUGAGUUGGACCAGUGUUAGUUACUACUUCUCCAGCAGAUACCUUAUUUAUUGUUAUCCUCAAUUACCUUUUUUUUUUUUUUUAACCUAGAAAUGGAUGAAACCCCUUCAAAUCUCUUUGUCCGCAGCCUAGGUUUGAAGUGACGCUCAGACAAGUAGGAACUGAUCCAAACCAUCCCCACAAAAUCAAAAAUAGGGCAAGAAGAGUUUUGUGAAACCCACCAUCCCUUGUUUUAUGCGUACUACAUCGAGGUACAUCAUCUUGCCGUUUCCAGUUGUUCUUAAGGCUUGGUCGGUAGCUGGGAGUCGCUGAAGGCCUGGGGUUGUUGCCGGGGUGCAAGCCUCCGGGCGGACAAAAAAAGCUGCAAUUUGCAGUGAGUUGAAUGCAGGGUUCAAACCGCAACUUUCCUUGCCUGUGCUUUGGGUCAGCAGCACUGCUGUCACGUCGAUUCCUGACAGCAACGGCUAAACCAAGGUUAAUAAAAGAUCAUGGAGAAGGCCUAAACCUGUUCAGACCCCGCGUGACGUAAAAAGCAAUUCGACGCGUCAAACGUCUGCCGGUAUGGUAGCGUCAGGCUGGGAGCCGAUUCGUUUUGGUGGCGUUGCCGGAGGUGCAGAAAGCCCAGCGUUCGUGCAGUUACGUCGGCAGCAAAGUGCUUUUGCCCGCGUCGCUCACUCUGUUCAGGGAAACGGUACCGACGUUACCCGCGACGGCGCUUUUGCCUGGGUGACUGUGCCUGCGCUGGGCGGACGUGCUGCUACGGCUGCAGCAGCAAACCUUCCUCCCGCGCAGCGCCUCUCACCGUUUUGAUUUUGAGGUUGGGGGUGGGAGCUGUGGUUUUUAUCAAAGCUGAGAAGGGAAGGGAAAGCGGCUCGGCUGACUCGGUUGGCACGGCCAGCCGUCCUCGAUGGUUUUGUUCUCCCCCAGUGUCUCCACACGCUUGGCUGUCUGUCCCCGUGCCCUGCGCCCGCUCUCGGCGUGGUUUGUUCGGUAAAGCAAAUACCUCAGGAAAACUAAACAUGAAGUUCUAGUUUAGAGAAUUGCAGAUGCUGUACUUAUUUUUCUAAACUGUUUGUUCUAACUAUCCCAGGACCGUAGGUGGUAUAGACGUUUAUCAGUCCAAGACAGAAUAAUCCUCUCGCAAAUGGAUGCUGACUAAUCUUUCAUAGAUACUCUUGUUUAUAUGUAGCUUUUUUAUACUCGUCAGGCUUUAACCACAGAUGUAACGUAGCAACAUGUUGGCAUAUGGUUGAGAUGGCGUUUUUGUUUGGUUUUCAGAUGACUAGCUAAAUGCUAGGCUAAAACUCAGGGGGCCUUAUCCAGGGCCCAGUGAAGUCAAUGGCAAGACUGCCUCUGGUUUCAGUGGGCUUUCGAUUUGGUCCGUAACCCGUGAGGAUCGAGACUCGGAGCACAGUCCUUUCCUAGCCUCUUGCGACUUCUCUGUUGACCCAAAAUUUCAGAUAUACAUUUGUCUGUAAAUAUCUUUUUAAAAGCCCUCACAGGCAUUCUGUAUCUGAAUGUUGUUGAUCAUGGUAGUUUUGGUUUUUUCGUUUUAAAGAAAUGCGUGAGUUUUAUGGCCAGUUCUACGUCAUCAAGCCCUUACAGGUAGCUUGUAUCCAUCCCUCUAGAUAUCAUGCUGGUUUAUCAGUAAGCAUGUACCAUAGUCGGUUAUGCGUAUUUUUUUAUGACUGUCAUUUGUUAACUUGUUUAUUGUUUGUCAGGGCAUAGAGUAAUUGUUUUGAAAGUACACCUUGCUGGCCGUUUUCACAUUUCUGUUUGCACUGCAGUACAGCUUCUGUGCGUGAAGGAAGAAAAACAAACAAAAAACCCCAGGCCUUGACUAGGAUGAGUCUUUACAGAGUAAACCUUGUGCAGGCGCAAUCUAGGCUAUGAUUUGGAAUAACAAAACUUGCAUACUGAGUGGACCAAACAGGAGGAUGUUUCCCUUGAAAGGCACUAAUUUGCUUUGAAGCUGCAGUGAAAAGAGUAGAAUAUCUAUUAAGUGUAUUCCCAGCUGUGUGUUCACACUUUUCCGUUUACCACAUAGCACAGCAGGUAACCAUGAUUUUAAAAGAGGUAAAAUCAGAAGUUAUGAGAGCCUCAGGCAUCCUAGAGCUGGACAGCAAAAAUAAAAUAAGAACGCUCACCUUAAUAUUUUUUAACAGCCUUUUUCUACUUAACAGUACAAAGACGACACAAGCGUUGUUAGGGAUUUGAUCUUUGUAUAGCUAUCAACUGCCCAAUGCUGCUGUGCUCAGAGCAUUUCAUGAUGGCACGUACAUCAAUCAGGCUGUUAUACCUAAAAUUUGCCAUCAAAUGCCUGUUUUCAGAGUGUUGACCCUUUCUUUGUUGUUUCUUGCUAGUUAUUUUACAGUGUAAAAUGCUUUAUUGCUGUAUGGAUUUUUUGUAUUUCCAACAUUGUAGCUUUCAAGAUCACAUUUUCAACGUGUCUCUUAUUUUUUGUCCAUUUUGUUUCAAGUUAUUCUGAAAUAUGUACAGCACUAUCAAGAAUAUUUAAUCUUUCUUUUUAAUUUUAUUGUUGUAAAAACAAAUUAUUAAAAACAAUAAGUCUUUUUACAACUGUAUUGGAAUUUCUCAGUAGCUGUUCAUGUGAAGCUAUGACGAACCUGGCUUGCUUUAAAAAGAAUUUUUAUUUUCCUUUUAACACAAUUAAUUUGUUGCUUAUUUUCCACCGUAACUCCCAGUUAUAUACAGAAAAAGAUUUCAACUGUUGUGUAUCUGACUCUUUUAAUUGAGCAAAUGGUGAUGUCCUAGUUUUUAGACCUAAGGUCUGUUAUUGCAAUACUUUUAAAGGAAGAUGUUGCUCUAAGUGCUGUUGUUAGUUUUAAAUACAGAUUUUAUGCUUGUUCUUAAUAUGCUGUGGUUAAACCAUAGCACAAAAUUAUUAAAAACUAUGAAAUGCA